CCGUUUCCGGUUUCUGAAAAUUUGUUAUUGUUGAUGUUAUUUUUUAUCGAGUUUUCUGAGAUAUUUCAGUGUAUUGAAAUAACGACACUGCUUGUCACAAGUCUGUUAAAAGCAGGGUACAAUUAAGGACAAAAGAACGAAAUGACGAUACAAAUGUAUUCGUCUGAAAUGUUGUAGUGGCUUGUUGAAUUUGCGGGAUUCAAAAUGUCAAAUCUACCGUGCCAUGGCGGUAAAUUUAAAUUUGAUAUGAGUACCGAUCAACGAGAGACAUAAGGAAGAUUCUAAUGGAGCCCAAGCCCGCGUGUUUUGGACAGGCUGAGUUCUCCGAUGAGGAACACAGUGCCAUCCAGAAUGCUCUCCGCCAGCGACUCGGCCCAGAGUUCAUCAGCCAGAGAACGGGCGCUGCAGGACUCAAGCUGGCCUACAUCGAGGGAUGGCGACUGAUCAAUCUCGCUAAUGAGACGUUUGGCUUCAAUGGUUGGUCGCACUCUGUGUCUCACCAGACUGUGGAUUUUGUUGAUCAUAACAAUGGCCGCUUUUAUGUUGGUGUCAGUGCUCUGGUCAAAGUUCAGCUGAAGGAUGGAGUGUACCAUGAGGACAUCGGGUAUGGAGUGAGUGAGGGACUCCGGUCUAAGGCUUUGUCUAUCGAGAAGGCGAGGAAGGAGGCUGUCACUGAUGGACUCAAGAGAGCUCUCAAGAGUUUUGGAAACUGUAUGGGCAACUGUCUCGGAGACAAGGAGUACCUGAAGUGUAUCAGUCGAACCCCCAAACCUCCCCCAGAAGCUUACAAGGUGGAAGAUAUGAAGCAUCAGACAAUUGACAACUCCAUUGCAAAGUCACGCAAGAGGUCAACAUUUCCCCGCCCAUAUGCAUAUGGAGUGAACAGGGCAGGGCCCAGUGUUGCAAAGGCCCCCAGACCUGACCCUUCCAGUGAGCCUCCGUUCAGUGUGGCACCCAACUCAGCAAAGACCCCCAGACUUGACCCUGGUAAUGAGCCGUCGGCUGGAGUGGUGCCCAACUCAGCAAAGGCCCCCAGACCUGACCCUUCCAGUGAGAGACCGGCUGGGGUUGUGCCCAGCACAGCGAAGAUCUCCAGACCUGACCCUUCCAGUGAGUUGCCGGCUGGGGUGGUGCCCAGCACAGCGAAGAUCUCCAGACCUCACCCUUCCAGUGAGCCCCCAGUCAGGAUGGUGCCCAACACAAGGCCAGGGACGGGGAAAGAUGAGGUUCAUACAUCAUUCAACUUGGAUGAUGAGGAUGUUGCAGCAGCCUGUGCUGUCAUGGAGGGCGAGAAUGUCGAGGCUGAAGGUGCUGGCCAGGUCAGUGAGGAUGAACAGAACAAGGUCAAGAGUGAAUUGGAGAUGGUUACCAUGGAAACUGAGAGCAGAGGGGAUGGAACAUAUGUCAGCACUUCUGUCCUAGUGGAACAAAUGCUAGCCAAAGGGAACUUCAAGAAUGAAGAGGAGCGAGCGCGGCAGGAGCGCAUCCUUCGCCAGAAGCUGAAGCAGCAGGAGUUUCAGGCCAGGCUCAAGCACAAACACUCCGGAGGACAGAAGGAAAACGCCACAAGUCCCCGAACCAGACGUGCAUCCAAGGUGACAACAGCCGCAGCAUCCCCAAGCCUCGGUCCACCAGUAGCAACAUCCACACCGGCACCUUCUGUCAAGUCCCGCAAGUCUGCGGAGAAUGAGGGUCUACAGCACAACCAGCAAACUGGACCAGUUCCACUGCUGGCAGAGGAGGACUUUGAUGAAAUCGAGGUGUGGAGCCAGGUGGUCUACCCAGACAACCUGGAGGAGCUGAACAACAGCCGAACCGUGAGGAGCAGCUCCAGGAAGUCAGCAGAGGAAAACAGAGCCAAGAGGAAGAGGCUGUCUCAUGAACUCCUGUCUUGAUGACUGACAGACAUACAAUGGCAGCGCAAGAAUAACUGAUGCCUCAACACUGUAGUAUUGUCACCUCACAGUGAUGUAUCUCUGUGACACAGCAAUGGGAGAGGAAUGGGAGAGGAAUGGAGAUAUUCCCCAAACUUAUGAACACACAAUGCCAUUUAGAAGGUGGUCAAAUGUAACAAAUGUUAUGUUUGGGAUAACACUUUCUUAGUAAAGUACAGAUUCUCAUACUUUUGGGGGUUCAGGCCCGUCCAGGAUUCAA